AUGUUUUCUGACAGCCCAGAAUAUAUUCGACGUGCUAAUACCCCCUUCAUUCCUCCGACGAUAACCAUAUCAGAACUGCACGUUGCUGUCCCACUGCAUCUCUUCCGAAAAUCAACGACAAAAGGGUUGGCCUACGUCUUUCAGGAUGUCUUCUGUACAUACCUUUUGUACUGCUUGACGCCAUACGUCCCUCUUGCUCCUACCGUCCUUCGUUUUCCCCUCUGGGUAGCGUAUUGGUGGUGCCAAGGAAUUGUGCUUGCUGGCUGGUGGUGUCUCGCACACGAGGCAGGGCACGGGACCAUAUCGCAAUACUCGUGGGUAAAUCAUAUCGUCGGCUAUAUCCUUCACACAGCCAUAUUAGCACCCUACUAUUCUUGGAGGGAGACUCACCGGAAUCACCACAAGGCUACCAUGAGCAUCGAGCGAGACGAGAACUACGUACCUCGAACGCGCUCGGAGUACGGUCUCUGGGACGAGAAGGAGGACGAGCGGCUCGGUCUGCUACGCGAUGAGGAGGGACUCCCAGGUCGCCGGAAAGGCUUGGACCCUCACGACGUGUUUGAGGACGCGCCGCUGUACGUCCUUUCGCGCAUGCUCAUCAUGCAGGCCAUUGGAUGGCAAAUAUAUCUCCUCACCGACUCCAUGGGAAAUCCGCGAUAUCCCCCGGGAACGAAUCAUUUCUCACCGUCUUCGGCUCUCUUUAAACCGCGUCAUCGCCGACAAAUCAUCGCUUCGAAUGUCGGGCUUUGUGUCGCUCUUGCUCUCCUCUUGUGGUGGGCUAGUCAGACUAGCCUAGCUCAUGUAGGGCGGGUGUAUGGCGUUCCAUAUAUCCUCGCCAAUCAUUGGAUCGUCAUGCUCACUUACCUCCACCACUCCGACCCGACAAUGCCGCAUUAUCGUUCUCAGACAUGGAGCUUUGUACGCGGUGCGCUGGGGACCGUCGACAGACCGCUUCUUGGAUGGGUAGGAAGGACAUUUUUGCAUAAUGUCAGCCAUGAUCACGUCGCACAUCAUCUCUUCUCUACAGUACCGUUCUACAACCAACCAGAAGUGACGAAGAUUAUUCGGCCACUUUUGGGAGAUGCGUAUAAUUAUGAUAGCACCAACACUUUCCGAGCGCUUUAUCGUACGUUCACACAGUGUUGCUUCAUUGAAGACGAAGGCGAUAUCGUGUUCUACAAAAAUAGAGAUGGCAAGGCCGCGAGAGUUCUGGCUAUUGAAGCCGUUCGGCCUUCGAAAAUCUUCAUAUAACGGCUCUACUCCCUAGUUCAUUUGACAACCUACGUACUAUACCACGUCCUACUAUUAGAUGCUAAUACCUGUCUUUUAUGAUAUCCCGUUCUAGCCUCACGGUCCUCCGUGGCUUAGCUUUCGAGCAGGAUCUACAAUUCAUCGGGGCUUUCUGGUACUGAAAAUACAAAUCCGCGGUUCCAUGGUCCCUAUGCGCUAUACAAUAAUUUGUGACGAUCCGAGGAAGCGAAAUCCCGAGCAGGGUUGAGCAUAUGGAAGUUGCCCUUGAAAGAGGGAGCUCCGGGCAGGUCUGGACGGCAUGGGCGUUUCGGGUUCCUGUGAGAUCGUUCGGUUAUACGGACCACUGGUAUUCCUUCAAAAAUAAUUAUCCUGAAAGAUAUAGCAGAUUCCAUAACCAUCAAACUACAUAAAAGUCACGAGCAGAAGUUCUCUGAUUCGAGCUCAGACAAUGAUGAUCACUAAAAUAUUCUAUGCCAGAGUACCUCCGGGGUUG